AUGAAGCUCCUGACAGCAGCUUUGCUUCUGCUGUUCCUCGCCAUGUGCUUCGCCAGCGCGGAAGGCGUAAAGUGCAAAUGUUCAAGGAAAGGUCCUAAAAUAAGAUUCUCUAACGUGCGGAAACUGGAAAUCAAACCGAGGUACCCGUUUUGCGUGGAAGAGAUGAUUAUCGUGACGCUGUGGACGCGGGUGAGGGGGGAGCAGCAGCACUGCCUGAACCCCAAACGCCAGAACACAGUGAGGCUGCUGAAGUGGUACCGAGUAUGGAAGGAGAAAGGCAGAGACAUCAUCAUGAAGAGAUGCCACUUGGAUGUCAGUGUGAUGGAGAGCAUCACCUUCACCGUAGCUGCUUACACUAACAGGGGCUGA